UGCGCCGAGAGAUGCGGUGUAACCAAAUGUACAAAUGCUGAAAAGUGUUCAGCAGGGUGCUUUUGCAAAUCUGGCUAUGGUCGCAACAUCCAGGGUGUUUGUGUGCCUAAGAAAGACUGCUCAAAGGCUGGUUUCUGCGCUAAGAACGAGGAGUUUGAUAUGUGUGGCAACACUUGCGUCGAACUCUGCGAUCCGCCCACAGAAUGUGCGGCCAAAUGCAAACCUGGCUGUUAUUGUAAAAAACCGGAUUACUUUAGGGAUGACGAUAAGAAAUGCGUGAAAGACGGCCUAAAGUCCAAGACAUUUAAAAAAGGGGUUUAUUGUCCGGCAAUAGAUCCCGAAACUACUCCUAAACCAAAGCUACAAAGCGAGUGCAAAGCCCAUGAAGUGUUCAAACCCUGUGGCAGUCUCUGUGGACAGUCUUGCAGUUCACUCAAGAAGGAGUUCGUGUGUCCGCGAAGAAAGAUAUGCAUCAAGGGCUGUUUCUGUGUUGAGGGUUACUAUCGCAACAAAAAGGGUAAAUGCGUGCCCGAAGACGAGUGCGAUUCGGCCGACUCUAACAAAAAGCCCAAAAAGUGUAAAAAAUACGAGAUUUAUAAAGAGUGCGGCAAUCAUUGCGCCGAUCUUUGUACUCCACCAGCCAUCUGUCCGUACGAAUGUCAGUCCGGAUGCUUUUGUAAGGAUAAAUACUUUCGAAAUAAGGCCGGAGAAUCACUUGUGGAUCACGACAAUGGAGAUCCAGAAAAGUGUAAGAGUCCGCUAAAACGGUCCAAAUGUCGCAAGAAUUGUAUCCAGAGUUGCGCUGAAGUGACGGCAAAGAUGAUGUGUCCGCGGCGUAAGGCCUGCAUCACUGGCUGUUUCUGCAAAGAGGGUCACGUGAAGGACAAGGAUGGCUCGUGUGUACCAGAAGAUGAGUGUCCGGCGCCAUCCAAAGAUCCCAAGUCUCCUAAAUCGGCCAAAGAUGACAACGAAGUGCCCGAUUGUGAUGACAACGAGGAAUAUUAUCCGUGCGGUGACUAUUGCAUAGAGUUGUGUAAACCCCCGGAAUCGUGCAAAAGAAAGUGCAAAUCCGGCUGUUUUUGCAAACGAUAUUUCUAUCGAAAUGAGAAAGGAGUUUGUGUUCCCGCAGAGAAAUGUCCGAAUCGUAUGAAAAAGAGUCCUUCGGACGGGAAAGUGGGACCAAAUGCCUGCAAGAAGAAGAACGAGGAGUACUCGACGUGCGGUCGACCCAAAUGUCACUCAUGUCUAGAGUUGUCGAAACACUUGAUGUGUCCGAACCGACAGAGUUGUGAAACGGGAUGUUUCUGUAGGGGAGGCUUCUAUCGGACGACUGACGGCGAUUGCGUUCCCCUUUCAAAAUGCAUACCAAAAGUACCCGACUUUAAACAGUUGGCCACAACUACCCCGCGCUCUAAAGACGCCGACUGUAAAGAAAAUGAACACUACGAGGAUUGUGGCGAUCAUUGCAUAGAGCUCUGCAAACCGCCCGACUCUUGCGACGCCCAAUGCGAUAAGGGAUGCUUUUGUGAUAAAGGCUAUUACAGAGACAAGGAAAAUGGCGAUUGUGUGCCCGAAAAGAGAUGUCCCGACUAUGAGGAGGAAGUGACAGAAAGUCUGAGAGUUAAGAUCAAAAUAAAGCUCAAGUGCGAAGACGGAGAGAUAUACUCGGAGUGCGGCACUCGUUGCGGACAAAUGUGUAGCGAUUUGUUUAAAUCAACCAUUUGUCCGAAGAAAGGAUUGAGCGUUCGGUGCAGCAAAAAACCCUCCCUUAAAUCGAAUUCCCCUUAA